CAGGCUGACUUCCGGCGCCGCCGCCGAGUCCUCCAGCGUCCCACAAUCCCCUUCUCCUUUUCCCCUCCCAAUAUGGCGCUGCUGAGGGCUCUGCCGUCGACGGCGCUGAGCUGCUCGGCAGCUUCUGCUCGGCGAAGGAGGUCGCUGCUGCCUCUCUUCUUGUGGCGACCGGCGGCGGCGGGAGCGGCCUGGACUCACGCCUGCAAGCCCCGCCGGGCGGCCCUCAAGACCUCUCAGAUUCCACCAAUAUCAAACCAGUUCGUGUGGCAGAGUUCAGGGAGAUGCUACUCAAGGCAAUUCCUGGAUGCUGCAAAGAAUCUUCAGGGAUGGUCACUGAUAGACAAAAGGACGUGCUGGCAUGGACAUGCUGGUGGAGGACUCCAUACAGAUCCAAAGAAAGGGAUGAAAGAAAUAGAUGGUGGGAAAAUCAUCAAAGCAAUGUUGUCUUACGUGUGGCCCAAGGACAGGCCUGACCUGCGUGCCAGGGUAGCCAUUGCCCUUGGAUUUUUAGCAUGUGCAAAGGCCAUGAAUAUAGUGGUUCCCUUCAUGUUUAAAUAUGCAGUAGACAACCUCAACCAGAUGUCUGGAAAUGUUCUGAACCUAAGUGAUGCACCAAACACAGUUGCAACCAUGGCAACAGCUGUUCUGAUUGGAUAUGGCAUCUCACGAGCUGGGUCUGCUUUAUUUAAUGAAGCGAGAAAUGCUGUAUUUGGGAAAGUAGCCCAAAGCUCCAUCCGAAGGAUAGCAAAGAACGUCUUUCUCCACCUGCAUAACCUGGACUUGAGUUUCCACCUGAGCCGGCAGACGGGAGCCUUAUCGAAAGCCAUUGACAGGGGAACCAGAGGCAUCAGCUUUGUCCUCAGUGCUUUAGUAUUCAAUUUGGGACCCACCAUGUUUGAAGUGGCCCUUGUUAGCGGGAUUUUGUACUACAAAUGUGGUGCACAGUUUGCGCUAGUAAGCCUGGGGACGUUGGGAGCAUACACGAUGUACACAGUAGGCAUUACGCAGUGGAGAACUAAAUUUAGGGUAGAAAUGAACAAAGCAGAUAAUGAUGCAGGUAAUGCCGCAAUUGACUCGCUGCUGAAUUAUGAAACUGUGAAGUAUUUCAAUAAUGAAAUGUAUGAAGCCAAGCGUUACGAUGGGUUUUUGAAGACCUACGAAAAUGCCUCUCUGAAGACUACCUCUACUUUAGCUGUGCUUAACUUUGGACAAAGCGCUAUAUUCAGUGUUGGCCUAACUGCCAUCAUGGUGCUGGCUAGCCAAGGAAUCAUUGCAGGUAACCUAACCGUUGGUGAUCUGGUAAUGGUGAACGGACUGUUGUUCCAACUUUCUCUACCCCUUAACUUCCUGGGAACAGUGUACAGAGAGACAAGGCAAGCGCUCAUAGACAUGAACACUUUGUUUACGCUACUUAGUGUAGACACAAAAAUUAAAGAUAAAGCGCUGGCUCCGCCCCUGCAGAUCACACCACAGACCUCUACCAUCGCCUUUGAUAACGUGCAUUUUGAAUACCUUGCGGGGCAGAAAGUCCUCAAUGGCGUGUCUUUUGAAGUCCCUGCAGGAAGGAAAGUGGCCAUUGUAGGAGGCAGUGGGUCAGGGAAAAGCACAAUAGUAAGAUUAUUAUUUCGCUUCUUUGAACCUCAGAAGGGAGAGAUAUACGUUGCUGGCCAGAAUAUACAAAGCAUCAGUUUGGAAAGCCUAAGGAAGGCUAUAGGAGUCGUGCCUCAGGACGCUGUUCUCUUCCAUAAUACCAUCUACUACAACCUCUCCUAUGGCAACAUCAAUGCCUCUGCAGAAGAAGUCUAUGCUGUGGCAAAGCUGGCUGGGAUCCAUGAUGCUAUUCUCAGAAUGCCCAAUGGGUAUAACACGCAAGUGGGGGAGCGCGGUCUGAAGCUGUCAGGAGGAGAAAAGCAAAGAAUUGCCAUUGCUAGAGCGAUCUUGAAGAACCCUCCCAUCAUCCUCUACGAUGAAGCUACUUCAUCUUUAGAUUCAAUUACAGAAGAGAACAUUUUGAAUGCCAUGAGGGACAUGGUGAGACACAGAACAUCCAUCUUCAUUGCACACAGAUUGUCAACAGUGGUUGAUGCAGAUGAAAUCAUCGUCCUGGAUCAGGGUAAAAUUGCAGAGCGUGGAAGGCAUUUAGAUCUCCUUACCAGUCCCAGCAGCCUCUACUAUGAAAUGUGGCACACUCAGAGCAGCCGCAUGCUGAACAGCAGACCUAACGAACGGUGGGAGGAGAGGAACAACCACAUGUCCAAAGAGGAGGAGAGGAAGAAGCUGCAAGAAGAAAUCAUCAACAGUGUGAAAGGCUGUGGGAACUGUUCGUGCUAGGUGCAAGCCCAACUCGCCCUCUUCUUCUGCCUCCCACCCCACAGAUGUAAUGGCAAUACAAGUUUGCACUGAACCUAUUUCCUGCAUUUUAACAGAAUAAACAAUGCAGAGAUUGUGUGGGUCUUGUAAAAAGGCUUUUCUCCAUGGGAUGCAGUUUCUUUAACCAAAAGACUUUACUUCUGCCUCUUGGUAUCUCUAAUACUUAAUGAGAUCGGUGGGAGCAUGUUGGAAUUUCCUUGGCAUAUCUGAGUAACACAUAUUGGGGUGGGGGAGAAUAGUUUGGGACGUGUGCGUUUGUCCCCAGCAUUCAUUUGUAAGGUGACAGGAAUCUGUCUUCUGGCCAGAAUAUAAUUUCUGAGCUACACUGUGAAGUGUUUGCAUUCUGUUGCUCUUCACCACUGAUAGUGGGUUCAAGAUGUUUUUAUAUUAUCAGUUUUAACAAAAGCCAAUAAACUCGAGUGUGUGUGUGUUAAUGGGGAAACAUGAAGCCUUUAACAUUCAUAAAUAACUGUUGGAUUUAAUAAAAUUUGUAUCCUUUUUAUAAAGAAUAAUGGAUGUUGAGUCUGAACCAGCACAUUCAGAGAGAUUUCUGCUUUGUCCUUUCACACUUUAUUCUCCCUGUUCUUGUCUUACAAAAAGUACUUCUUUCUUGGACAGCUAAGAUGUCGAAAUUGCAAGCAAAAAUUGAUCCUAAUAUGAUCAGUGCACCUCACAAGACCAUCUCUGUUCUCUACCACUUCUAAAAACAAGGAAAUUAUUAUUCUAUUAAAUUCUAAUGAGAAUUCAAUACAAAAUAUUGUCAGUGUUAUUGUCUUACCCAUGAGUUUAGUUUCUGCAGUGAAAGAAAGAAUGCUUCAAAUGCUUGGUGCAGUUCAAAGGACCUAUCAUAAUUGGACUCAAUUAUGUCUGUAAGUAUUGAUGAAGAAACUGUGUGUGUUCUUAAAAAUUGAUGUGUUGGAGCAUGAGAUGACCUUGAUUAAAAAUUACUGUUGGGCCAUUACAGUACAAAGAUGAGUAACCUUCAUGUUGUGGAUGUAAAGCAAUAUCCUGCUAAUGUGUGGUGGCAGUUUAGAAUUGCUUUUAAUUUAGACUCUGUCUUCUCAUUUUCCCUAACUGGAUGUGUCUCUUACUUGAAUUGGUGCAGAGAAUAGUGGCAAAGAAUGUAAUAUGUCUGUCUGCCAGAAACCGCAGAUGAAAGCUUUCUGUAGCUGCUGCCCCCUUUCCUGUGCAGCAGUAGUAAGGGGCAUUGGGAGGGAGGGAAGCGAGCCAAUCGCAUCAGCAUCCUACUGCUGUGGACAGGAAAAGGUGGUGUAAAUAAAAGCUUGUAUUUCUGCUUCUGGUUUUCUUUUUUGUUCCCAGUGUGAAAACUCUAAGCUCAAGUUUCCAUAUUUCUCAGGGGACAUGCACUGUCAUCCAGAAAUCAAUGGAUGAACUGGGUUUCUUAACCUUGGGCCCCCAGAUGUUGUUGGACUACAACUCCCAUCAUCCACCGGCAUGGCCUUUGUGGCUGAGGGUGAUGGGAGUUGUAGUCCAACAACAUCUGGGGGGGCAAGGUUAAGAAACCCUAAAUUACAUUGUGAGGGUGCCAUCUUGUGCACCCACAAGAACUUCCUUGUGGGUUUUAAUGGAAGGGGAGAGUUCUCUGAAUGUUGAGCCUGCUUCCACUGACAUGAAUGCAGAAGCCUGCACAAGAAUGUCCUUUAAUCACAACAGAAGCUGCUUUCUUCCUAGAUGAACUUUCCUCAUUUGCAUUUGUCUGUGCAUUAAGCAUGCUUACCUGUUAACCACGGCAUCCUGGAUUCAUCAUUUUCUUUUUGUUCCUUUUUGCAGGAAGGUGGUUCAUACAGAGAAUGCCAAUGGUUGUUUGUUUUUUGUCAAGCACCUUCUGUGUAUUUUGGGGUGAAGCAUCAGUUGAAAGCAAAACAGUAAAUCUCUAAAGCAUCACCCCUACUCUUAGCAACCAUAUUUCUUUGUUCAUGUCCUUCCUUUUCUUUACUUGUUGCAUGAAUUGCUGGUUUAUAGUAAAACCUACACAUUCUUUUAAAAUGUAACAAAAAUAAGGUAUUAUAAAGAGAGCAGGAGGUAAAAACUUUAGUAUUAGCAGCUUGGCAUUAUAGAUGAUCUUUUGACCUCUGUUACAAUGCAAUUUGUGCUGCUUCUUUUUUUAAACACCAAAUUGGUCGUCCUUACUCUUACUUAUUACCAACUGAAUGCUUAAUUUGGCGUGGUAGGAUUUGAUCAGCGUUCUCAGGUCAUUCUUUGAUAUCAAAGGCAUCCUUGAUUUUGGCUGUUUGAGACUACUGUAGCUUAGAUAAGGCAAGAGGAUGUUGUAAGGUUGAAAUCCUACUGCAGUUCUGUUUUCCGAGCACUUUGAAGCUGUUUGGUAGGUUACAUUAUAGACAUUAUAAAAUCCGCAGACUCAAUAAGUGUGUUUGUAUGGCUCUUAGGAGUCAGACCGGGUUAUGGCAGCUCAACCAAGCCAGGAGAGGUAGAAAACAAAUGCCCGUUAACAUCAGAAUGAGGCAAACUGGAUAGUGCUGUUGAGAUUUGCUUUGAUGCCUAAAUAGACUUGUUUACAAUUCAUGGGCAGAUUCCCUGAACACCAAAUAAGAUGAAAUAGCAAGCGGGGGGGGGGGGAGAUUCCUUAACCUCUUGCUGAUGUCAGGCAGCAUGCAUUGUAGGUAUGACUUGGUACUUCUCUGCAUUUGGUUCCAGCUUUUCUUGUUUGUGUUUUGGGAGAGCUGUGUUUACCCCACCCCACCCCACCCCACCCCAAGGUGUGCUAAAAUUCAGAUUUUAAGUUGCAUCCAGGCUUUUAUUUCAGCCAAUAGAGUAAGAUGUAGUGAUAACCAAUGUCCAAGAAACUCGCAAUAAAAUUAUUGUAUAUACGAAGUCCAUUAGGAAACCUCCUUCAUUUGUUUAAUAUGUGUAGAUAAUUAUUGCUGGAAUAAAUGAUUUAUUUGUGAAUAAAAA